AUGGGCGAGGCGGAGGGCGGCUCGGCCGGCGGCGCGGAGAAGCCCCCCGUGCCCGCGGGAGGGGCGGCUCCGGAGCCCGGCGCGCCGGCCGAGGAGGCGGUGGUGUGGAGCCCCGAGGUGGAGGUCUGCCUCUUCCACGCCAUGCUGGGCCACAAGCCCGUAGGUGUGAAUCGCCACUUUCACAUGAUUUGUAUUCGAGAUAAAUUCAGUCAGAAUAUCGGACGUCAGAUUUCCUCCAGAGUGAUUUGGGAUCAUUUGAGCACCAUGUACGACAUGCAAGCACUACAUGAAUCUGAGAUUCUGCCCUUCCCUAAUUCAGAGAAAAACUUCAUCCUGCCUGAGGAAAUUAUCCAAGAAGUGAAAGAAGGAAAAGUAAUGAUUGAAGAAGAGGUGAAAGAAGAAAUAAAAGAAGAGUUGGAACCUCAUGCAGGCCCAGAAGAAGCUUAUGCACCUUCAGGAAACUUGGGAAAAGCAGCUGAAAAACCAAGCAGCAAAGAGAAAGAAAGGAGCUCAUCAGAUUCUGGGUCCAAAGAAGGAGCUGAUAAAAGGAAACGUAACAGAGUCACUGAAAAGGUCUUAAAUGCAAACAGCAAUCCCUCCAGUCCAAGUGCUGCAAAACGGCGCAGAACAUAGAGAAUACAGUGAAAGACAGGUGCUUUUAACUAUAGAACCAGGGAAGGGAACAGUAGAAUGGAAUAGGAGAGAAAGGAAGUUGUUAUAAAGAUUUGUUAGGUGGAGAAAAAACUAUUUGACCCAGAUAUUAAAAGCUUCAGCACAUUGUCA